UUCUCUCGUUCGCAUGCAAUGCCUGGUGGAGUACAAUGAUAGGUUAACCGCUGCGCUGCACUAGUUCAUAAUGCAGCGCACUCUGCGAUACAGCCUACUCAUAUACUCCCUUAGGGAGUAGUUAUAAUAACUACAACUCUCCCAGCACAUCCCUUCCUUUUCCUUCCCGGUCUCCCUCCUCCACACCACCGUCUAAUUCGCACUACUACCCUCCGUAGCUGAGUUUCCGAUUACUCCCACCUUCACUAGCAAUAUACGAGUUGAUCGCCACAAUAAGGGUAUCGCGAUUCGGAAGGUUUCUUGUGACUGAUUCACUUUCUCGUCUCUUAACCUCAUUUGCACUGCUUGCAUUUGCCGGUGCUCCACGGCCUCAGUAACCUACCAACUUCCGAAUCACCGGUCCACUAAGCCAAUCGUUGUUAUAUUAAGGCACCCACCUUCCCACCUUUCACGAUGUCCACCACAUUCAGUGAUUCGAGACCAAAAAUGAAGAGAAUCAUUAUUUGUUGUGACGGUCCGUCUCCACCUCUCCCCUCUGAGUGAAUUGAAUCGGUGUCGUUGAUGAAGAUGGGAUAUGAUAGGUACCUGGCAGGAUUCUGACGGAGGGAAACUCGACGUCCCGACAAAUGUUACGAGGGUUGCUCGUGCCUUGAAGAGUUAUACCGAUGAUGGUGUUUCCCAAGUGGUUUAUUACCAGAGCGGAGUUGGCGCUGGAGGGGGAGGGACGUUUAAUAGACUUGUUGGUGGUUAGUUCCCCCUCCCCCCUCAAAUAAUAUUCCAAACUCAACCAACGACUUGGCGAAUUGGUCAAUAGGCGGCACUGGGCUCGGCCUCUCUGAGAACGUGCGCGAAGCCUAUGGCUUUUUAGCGCACAACUACCACCCAGGAGAUACCAUCCAUCUCUUUGGUUUCUCCCGCGGGGCAUACACUGCCCGCUCAAUCUGUGGCCUUGUCUGCCGCAUUGGCAUCCUAACGAAGAAGGGCAUGGACAGCUUCUACCAAGUCUAUAAAGACUAUCAGGCCAAGAAGUUCCGUGACCCAAGGUAUGUCCCCCCCCCCUAUCAAUUCUCCGAACCUCACACACACUAACCUGAGCGGAAACAGUGCGGUAGCCGAACUCCAAGCCCGCGAGGGUGGCAGCCUCAUCGUCCCGAACGUCAGAGUCAAGACAGUCUGCUGCUGGGACACGGUCGGAUCAUUGGGGAUCCCGUCGGUUGGCGUUCCCAUAAUCGGGGACUGGAUCGCGGGGAACGAACAGGAAAAGUACGGCUUCCAUGACACGGAUCUAUCGCCGCGCGUCGAUAACGCCUUCCAUGCACUCGCCCUCGACGAGCACCGCGGGCCCUUCACUCCCACUCUGUGGAAGAAGACGGAGGACACUCCAGUCAACCUUAAGCAAUGCUGGUUCCCCGGCGUCCACACAAACAUCGGUGGUGGAUACGAUGAUCAGGAGAUUGCGGAUAUGACGCUCGCAUGGAUCAUCCAACAGCUCUUUCCGUUCCUGCAGUUCGAUGACGACUAUCUCAAGAGUAUUAUUCAUAACAACGAUGACCACUCCAGCGGCGAGUGGGCCGCCGGCAAGAUUUAUGAUUCCGCGACCGGGAUCUUGAGGGUCGUUGGCGGAAAUGUUAGGACUCCUGGGGGGUAUGGAGACGGUACGGAGGAGACCAUCCACAAGAGCGUGAGGGUUCGCAUGAAGGUUGUCGCGGGCUGGUCCAGUAAGGCUCUGAAGGGGUGGACCUGGAAUGAGGAUGGCGGGUAUUGGGAGAAGGGUAGUAAGAGGAUGGCCGAGGACGAUUUGGGACCCCUAGAGAAGAGUCUAGCCGGAAAGGCGGUCGUCAAGGACAUGCUUGGGGAGGAUAUGUCGUGAUUUUUUUUCCCCCCUUCAUCUAAAUAUGUUUCACCUACCUCUGUUGUAUUUCCUUCUCCCCCCCUUUCUCCCUCUCUUGCUCGCUUAUAGUAGUUAUCUGUCUGGCCAGCUGGUUUUUAAUUCCGGAAUCGUUUAUCAUGAGGAUGGUAUGGAGUAGCGAUCAUUUAUUUAAAUUAUUUACUUAUCCAUUUAUUUAUAAAGUACACCGCUCCCUCCCUCCCACACGCAGGAGAGUGAGGUCACGAAAAAUAUAAUAAAACGUCCAUGCGCCACGAUUCCACCGUGAUACUCUACUAUGAAUUUUAUUUUACUAGCACACUACGGUAUAAUAAUAAUAUUUAUGGUACUUGUACAUUCAGCCUCAUGGUGUUACAGCACUGCUUAUAUAAUUUACGAUGCUUAAUUUUUAUCUAUGAUACCGGU